ACCUUACCUUAAACACAAUGAUAACCCAAUGUCUAACCAUAACAUUAAAUUAAGAUCAAAAAGCACGUUCCUUUUUGUUUUGAUUCGUUUUUACGAUAGCCCAUUUUGACUUAGUGGAUGUGAUAACUAGUGGUAAAUCCCUUUGAAAGAUUGAUUAACGUUAUGAUGCAGCUUGUGGUGUUGUGCAUAUAAAGAAGUACUAAUGUUCCAUCUUAAAUACUAAAUACAUUGUCCAUCAUCUCUCACGAUGGAGAUUUUGCGGGAUGAUGAAGAACAAGAGCUCAAAUAUAAACGUACGGGUCGUUUGGACAUGAGCCAUGGUUUCUUACACCACAUUCGAAGGAACCAGAUUGCCAGAGAUGACUAUGAUAAGCAGGUAAAGCAGGCCAAUGAGCGUCAGAGGGCCAGGCUCACCACUACCCCCCGACGCCCCCGCCGGCCAGAUAUCCAAGUGUACCAUCCUCGACGUGGAAAUGGAUCUGAGCCAGGAGUGGGUGCAGAGACUGAAGAGUGGAAUGAGAGUGGGUCGAGUACAGAGCCAGAGACCCAUGGAACUGAACUCUUCUGGCUGGACUACCAGGCUGACUCUGGCUGUGUCACCUCCUUCAUUGUACACAAGGAGGACAAGCCAGAGAGGGUGGUGGAGCGUGUAGCAGAGAAAAAUGUUCUGGACUCAGCCAUGAGGGUGGCACUGCAGGCCCGGGUUCGAAAGGAAAUGGAUAAACGUCUGGACAAACGCUGAAGAAAGUGAAUGAAGUUAACAGUGAUGAGAGGGGGGAGGAGGAGUCAGAGGCCUCUGUUUACCCUCCAGCCAUCCCUCUUCCUGUAUGUAAUGAAUGCUAGUAGCAGAGGACUACUGUGGACCCACAUUCUGAGGGACUGUUAACCAGGAUCUGAAUGACGUCACACAGCCACGCCGUCCCCUCUGUGCUAGUGUACAACCAUGGGGAAAAGACUGA